CACAAGCCGAGCAGAGGCAGCGGGCUAGCUAACGCUGAAGAAGGAGGGACGGAAGACACGGCUCAACAUCAGCACCGACCCAGAGUCCCCAAAUACUGAAAAAUAUCCGGCAGAAACGCCGACACCAACGAGGCAAAAGACUGCAGAAAAGAGUUCAGUGAUCAUGUACGAUGCGGCGAGGGUGCCAUCUCCUAAAGAUGGUGCAAACGGGAUGGCCCAGCCCGUGCUGCCCGGAGCGGGAGCAGCUGCAGGAUCUGGAGGGCCGACGCCAACCGCAGUCCUACAAGCUAAAAGUGAGGAGGGACAGCCAGUUACAGAAGAAGAGGAGGAGGAGGAGCCCAAAGCAGAGCCCGUCCUACUGAGAAAGCCACAUAGAGAGAUUCUGGACCAUGAGAGGAAGAGGAGGGUGGAGCUCAAAUGUAUGGAGCUCCAGGAGAUGAUGGAGGAGCAGGGGUACACAGAAGAAGAGAUUCGACAGAAAGUGAGCACAUUCAGACAAAUGCUGAUGGACAAGGAGGGCGUUAUCACCAGAGAGGGCUCACACACACAACCAGUGGUCAACCACCUGCACUAUCAGCCUGGCAAGUAUGGAGACAACCCUGAACUGGUGGGCUAUGAAGAUGGAGAAUAUGACCAUGAUUACCACAGUGACAACCGUGUGAAGAGGAAAUCAAGCAGCUCUCCAUCCCCUCGUCCAAAAAAAAGGAAGAAGAAGAAAUCUGGCCGCCGAAGGAGUCGGUUUGGCAGCUCCUCACCCACUCACAGAGAGAAGAAGAAAAAGAGUGGGAAGAAACACAAGCGAGACAGAUCUGCAUCAGGCUCUAGGAAAAAGAGGAGAUACAGGUCGGGCAGCCCAAAGAACAAACACAAGGACAAGAUCAAACAGAAAAAGAGGUCCCCUGGUGAGACACCCAGUAGGAGUUCACAGCGUCAAGGCAGCUGCUGUAGCUCCCGUAGUGCCUCCCUGUCCUCCACUCGGAGCACCUCCAAAUCUCCUGCCAGACUGAACUCCAAGCACAAGACCGAUGGACAAAAGGCGUCCGGCACCUCGCUGUCCCCGGGCACCAACACCCCCGCUGCGUGGCACAACGGGGACCACACCCAGCGAAGCCGCAACGGCAAGGCCGGCAGACUCAACCACGGCGAGGGCGAGAAAGGGCACGAUAAGCUCCGUCUGCUGACCGCUAGCUCUGCAAGCAUCCAGUCCACUCUGCUGAGAGAGCACAAGCUCCACAGCGCCCCCAGCAGGAGCCACACGGGGCAGAUGUGCGCGGCAGGAGAGGCUGGGAGUGUGGAUGGCAGGAACACGGCUGUAGGGAACUCCAUCACCCAGAUGUCAGGGAGGAGAGGGAGCCAGAGGGGCCAGAAUAAGACCUCCCACUCCCCCGCUCACAGCAGCGACUCGGCCCACUCCCAGCAUAACCACACUCACAGAGGGAGGAGCUCUCGCCACCAGAGAAAGACAAAAGGUGGCCACUCUUCCAAGCGUCACCACCGCUCCAGUCGGGGUCAGGCACACCACCGGAGCCAGUCGGCUUCUCCAGGGCGCCACCCACACACAUCGGGCAGGAAGAAAGAGGAGUCUCGGAACAAACCCAACCUCCGGCAGCGCAGCAGCUCCUGGAGCAGCGGGCACUCGUCCUCACGCUCCGCCUCCAGAGACAGAGGCCCCAGCAAGGCCAAGUCUCCACACAACAGACAGAACACCUCCAGAGAGAAGGACAGCCCUAACCGCUCCGACACCGACAGCCGAGCUCGCCGCCGCUCACGCAGCUACUCGCCCAUUCGCAAAAGGAGAAGAGAUUCACCCAGCUUCAUGGAGGCUCGCAGGAUCACCAGUGCUCGGAAGAGGCCCAUCCCGUACUACCGGCCCAGUCCUUCGUCUUCCAGCUACGACAGCAGCCCGUCACGCUCCAGCCGCAGCCGUAGCCGCAGCUACAGCAGCUACAGCCGCAGCAGAAGCCACAGCAGAAGCCACAACCGGAGCCACAGCAGAAGCCGGAGCCGCAGCCGCAGCUGGAGUCGGAGCCGCAGCCGGAGCUGGAGCCACAGCAAGAGCCGCUCCCGCAGUCACAACAGUUACUACAGCCGCAGCAGCUAUGAAAGCCCCGGCUUCUGAACCACAGUCACACAGCACAGAAGGGAAGCAAAAACAAACAAAGGAGAAGUCGUGAUCUUUACCAAGCCCUCCACAGUGCCCGCACUGCUGUAAAUUCCAGGGCCCAAACUCCUCCACCCUGGACCAUCAUCUCUCUCUAAUACAGAGCCUGGAUCAAAGAGGAGAAAUGAAUUUUGAUAUAGCACAUUAAUAGAAAAUUGGCUGUCACUGUUCACGUCUUCACGUCAACAAUGCAUUAAAGGAAAUGGGUUACCACAUGUCAAAAAUUAAUUUGGUAGAGCCCAAAGAACAAAUCUUGCUGUAUUGUAUGUUAGCACUUUCUUUCUCUUCUUCCACAACGCAACCAAAAAUGAAUUCAUUAAGAACUAUAUACUAUAUACAUAUAUAUAUAUCCUAACAAUAGGAGCUGAGUAGAAGACAAGAAGAGGACGCAUCAACAGCUUACAUUUCAUAAAAUCUAACUUUCUUUCCCCUCAUCAUGUACUCAUCUGCCCCAAAGACUUCCAUCUAAUCGAGGCACAGAGAUCAACACAAGUUAGAACAAAGGAGAAGUCGGCGGAUGAAAUAGGGAGCAAAAAAAGAAAAGGAACGUUUUUUUAUGAUAAAAAUUGUAUUUAUAGGUUUGUCUAUAUAGAUGUAAACUCUCUUAAGUUCUGGCUUUGUAAACUAUGCACUGUAUAUUCCAUCUAGUUUGAGGAGCUUUGUUAAGCAUGAUGCAUCAGGAGAGACUUGCUGCUGCAAGGAGAGAACCUGGCAGACAUGAAGGGUGCAUCUGUGCUCCCACUGGCCUAUACAGUAUGUCAGCCAGCUGCAUUCAGAGGUGAACAGGACGGGGCGACUAUUUAUUAUGUACUUUUACUCUUCUCUGUUUGAAUUAUUAUGUUGAUUCUGCUAAUCCUGACUAUGUGAGAGGGUGUGUGUCUGCGUGCGUGUGUGUGUGUGUGUGUGUGUGUGUGUGUGUGUGUGUGUGUGUUAGUACCUCCUCUGCAAUGACCAGUGAGGUAAUUAUUUAAGUGUACACUAAGGCUGCUGUAUGGUAAUGUGCAGGUAACUGUUUACCAUACACACAUUUGUGUUGACCACAGCUAUUUAUGAACCUACUGUAUUUAUUUGUUUAUUUAUUGGGUUAUUUAUUAUUUUAUUUAUUUGCCAUGAGCUGUAAAGCAGUUGGGUCAUGCUUUGAAGAUGAGAUUGUGAUGCAAAUGUAUUCCCUGUACUGUAUACGUCCACGUCUCUUAUUGUGGCGAAGGCUCGCUGUGUCUAUCAGGGUGAAGAUUCACUGCCGUGUGUUAAAUAUGCUCUGAUUGUAGCCAGUGGAACAGAAUCAGUCCUCGCCCACUCCCACGACUGCCACUAUGGCACCCCCGGCCUAUUGUAGUGGUUCAUUUUAAUGCAAGCCAUCGGGGCUCUGCCUGUACUGAGGAAGGAUCAGCCUCCAACUGAACCAAACAUCUCCCUGUGUGAAGAGAAGAAUCCAUUAUUCUACUCUGCUCUGUUUCCAGUCACCACAUAUUCUAAUCCCUUGUAUAAUGGGCCGCAACAUGUUUCUGUCAGAGGUCCCCUUGUUGCCAUCUUCAGGAGGAGAAUAUAUGUGAUGUAAGCUAGCAUAGCAGAGCCGCGACACACAGCUUCAGUAGUACGGUGAACAAACUGGCGAUACAAUCAGGGAUCACCCUAAGUCUUCCUUACCAUUCAUCCAGCCUCAUGUCACUCACAGUGUUGCAUUUCCAGUGUAACCAGUCUUAACCCAACUAUGAUACUCUGCAAACAUGUUCAUUUAUUCCAAGUAUAGCAUUGCCCCUUUGGUUCUACAAGUCAUUCUUUGUAGUGUACAAGUUAUUAUACCUGACAAUAAACGGAAACAAAUGGGGAAAUAAUGAUA